AUGGCUGCUGUUGGUCCUUUGGAUGAACACGAUAGGCGACCUGCUUUAAUGAUUCGUUUAGCCGAUAUUCAAAAAAAGCUGCCGAUUAUUGCCCGACAUGUGAUCGACGAAUCAAGUCCAUUACACGGUCUCACAAAAGAAUCUCUACUUUCGGCAGAAGUUGAGUUAAUUAUGACUGUUGAGUGCAUCGUUGAACCGACAGGAAUGACAUUCCAGACAGGAACAUCAUUUCUUCCAAACGAAACGCUUUGGGGUCAUAAGUGA